CACUUUGCUGGGAUAUCUGUGUGUGUGUGUGUGUGUGUUAAUUUAGACAUUUUUAGGUUUCCUGGCAAAGCGUUUUACAUUUGAUAAACAUUACUUGUACUUUUUUGCUUUUUUAUCUGUUUUUUUCUUCUUUCUAGGCUGUCUCUGUAUCUCUGUACUAAACAGUUGUUUAGUUCUUCUUAAUACAGUGGUGAAUGGUCAGAAGUGUUGAAAAUUUGUACUGCACUCUUUUUUUUUUUGCUUUCUCAUGUACCCUAGAGAGGAAAUUGUGCAAAAACAAUGUUCCUAUUCACUAAAGUUUUCUGAAAGGUGUGUCAGUGUAUCAUUUCAGACCUCUGGACAUAAGGUCCCUCAAUGAAUGUUUGUGCAUAAACAAGGAAAAAAUACAGGAAGGAAAGUAAUCACUUGCUUGUUAACUGAUUAAAUUGUCCCAAGUGGAUGAACUUUGUGGCCAAAAUAAGCAGUAUUCCUAUUUUUACAUAUUUGUUUGCAGGUUGUUUGCUAAUUAAAGAUUCUUAAAUGCCCUGUUUUCUUAAGCGCACUUAUAUGCUCUUUUCUCUAUAGAUAUGUGUCUCUAAGCUCAAUGGUGCUCGUCCCAUAGCCUGGAGAUGUUAGCCGUCCAACACUGCAACAAUUCAGCCCUGCAUGUGGAUGAAGGCUUCAGCAAUCAGACCCAGCAGGUGCUUGGAGUGGCACCGGUGCGCUGUAGGGAAAACCUGAACACCACAACCAACCCCACGGCAGCGGGCCUGUCCAUGACCCUGGGGAUCGUUUCCAACAUCAUAGCGCUGAUCAUCCUGGCUAAAGCGUAUGCUCGCCUGCGGAAGCGCUCGAAAGCCACGUUCCUCCUGUUCGCCAGUUCUCUGGUGGCUACGGACCUUGCUGGUCAUGUUAUUCCAGGUGCUCUGGUUCUGCGGCUCUACAUUUCUGGGACCGCCGGAGGACUUUGUAACCAAUCCGACGCCACCUGCCAUUUCCUGGGCGGCAGCAUGGUGUUCUUCGGCCUGUGCCCGCUGUUUCUCGGAUGCGUCAUGGCGGCGGAGCGAUGCAUGGGUGUGACACGGCCCCUCCUGCAUGCCCGUAUGGUUUGCACGGCCCACACCAAGAUAGUGCUGGUGAUGAUAUGGCUGUUGGCUUUAUCUGUAGCACUGUUGCCCUUCUUUCACCUGGGCACAUACAUCUACCAGUUCCCAGGGACCUGGUGCUUCAUUAAUGUGUUGGACAAUACCAGCAUCACAGACGUGAUAUUUGUGCUGCUGUUUUCCGGACUGGGACUGGCCGCACUGGCCGUGGCAUUGGUCUGCAACACCAUCAGCGGGGUGACGCUGGUGAUCGCCCGUCUGCGCAAGAAGAAGUGCCACCGAAGAUCAGCUAAAUCACAUGACAUUGAGAUGGUGGCACAGCUGGUGGGCAUUAUGGUCACUUCUUGCAUCUGCUGGAGCCCUCUGCUGAUCUUCGGUCUGAUGUCUGUCAUCCGCUCGUACAGCGGCUCUAUGGGGGAUGAUUUGGAAACCUACAGGACUUUAAUGGUAAUGGGAGUCCGUCUGGCCACCUGGAAUCAGAUUCUGGACCCCUGGGUCUAUAUCCUUCUACGCCGGGCCGUCCUAAAAAAGAUUUACCGCAUAACCACCGGCCGCAGUGACCUUAAAGGGAGUACAUUCCGGCGGUGGGAGAUCAGCUCCUUCCAGAACUCCAUGAAGAGUGUAAUUAAUCGGAACUGAUGGAGGGAUUCCAGAAUAUGAGUUCUACCAUGUGGAAGAGACUGGGAAAAAGGAAAAAAUAGGAUGUUAUUAACCAUCCUAUUUUGCAGCAUUACUGAAGGCAGAUGUAAGUUCCUAUUGCUUGAAUGGUGGAUGAAGCAGCAUCAUACUGGAAGUUGUAAUGCAAGUGAUGCUCUGGAACUGCAGUGACUUCAAUAGGCAUUAUAAUUGAGCACAGUGGGGUUUUGGAAGUAAAAAUCCCAUUCAUUUUCUCCAUCAAGAAACUGACUUUAGCAACAAUGAAUGUUCUAGACAUACCUUCCAUUUUUGACAUUUAAUUGCCAAAUUUGGGGUUUUCAUUUGCAAAUUUCUGUUUCCAUGCAACAAAUAUAUGUAUAAAAAAUAUGUAUUUGAAUAACUUUAUAUUCUGGAACCGAGGCUGCUGAAAAAGUUGGAAGUCACUGUUGCACUGUAGAGUGAGUCUGAUAAAUGACAAUGUGAAAUGGACUGCAAACAUGCCCUCUGCGUGUCACCUCAAUUAUUAUUAUUAUAUUUUAAAAAAAAUAAAACCCUUAGUUUCCAUGUAAACUACAAGAAAAAGGACUCUGAGGACAAGAGGAGUCACAGGAGCAAAGAAAAUAAAUGUUGUUUGGGUCUGGGAUUUAAUAAGCUAGUUUGCAGUUGUUCAGGAUUAACAUGCACCUUCUCUUUUGGUGAUUCAUUAUAGGAUUCAUUGUAAAGUGAUGCUUAUAGUGAAUUCAUCAAAAUGUCUUUGAACAUGAAGCUUUGUUUGGCUUCAGAGCUAUUGCUCAGGAAUCUGUAUAGUCCACAUACAGUAUUACAUACAGUCUAUAAAAGUCAAAUAAUGAAGAAAUAGUGUAAAUAUCACUGCAACCUAAAGGCAGAACUUUUACAUGUGCAUGACAGUUUCAGUGUUCUAGUAUCUGUAUAUUUGUGUCUUGCCCUGUUAUUUGUGAUCUUGAAAAGCUAUGGAAUAUUAUUUUGACCA